AUGUCAGUUUCUUCGCGUCAUGUGCGGACCCUGAGCCCUCCACUGUCGACCAACGGUCAUUUCAACGCUUUCACGACUGGAAAUCAAAGACUGAAUGUGGUGACACGUCUUGCUGUUGAAGGGAAGUCGAAAAAGGGGUGGGAUGGCGCCUCGAUCAAGGUGUACUUGAAGAUAUCGCUACCGGGGGAAAGCAUCACUCCAGGUGCUACUAUUGCACUGUUUCCAGAGGAGAACCUAAAGAUCCUGGAUUCCCAGGUCCACCCCCUUGACAAUAACUCCGUUCCGUACAAUUUCUCGUCAACUACAUGCCCGUUAAUCCACAAGGCAGCUCGUGCACUGAAUCUACCUGCCAGAUCCCCUCACUCAUAUGUUUCUGUCGUUGACUCCGCAUCUUCGUCAAGCGGCGCGCCUUUAGAAGACAAGUAUACGGGGCACGUGCUCGUGAGUGGAUAUCAUGUCUCUUACAUUCUUCCGAAGGAGUUCCCGCGCAGAGAAAGUGACAGUCGCACUCGACGCGGGACGAUUGUCGCACAGUUUAUGGCAGCUAUCGACAUCUGGGUCCCAUUCUUGACCCGCCCUCCGUUUGCGCCUUUUCUGUUAUCCAUCCCUGUUCCACGCUGCCUCUCCAAUCAUAUCAAAUUGAGCAUUUUUUCUCCUGGUCCGGCCUCGAUGGCUUCGUCUAUGGCGUCACUUUCUUCUGUAGAAGAAGAUAUGGGGCCGUUGGAACUUGCUUCUGAGCCACACGUAACGCGUAGCCAGUCGGCACGCAUCUCGCGCUCACAGUCCUAUACGCACUUUGCGGACGAUGAGUCGAGCGACGCGUCGUCUUCUGCGGGUUUUGCAGAAGGAUGUGGGAUCCAAGGCACGUUUCCUAGCACGGAUCGAAUACGCGUGAGGUGGGCAGCUCCAGCGAAAGCGGGACAGGUGCCCGAGACUGAGGAUGGUCGGCGCAGAGUAGGUAUCAAAGAUGUGAAGGGGGACAUGACGUGCGAGAUGGUCGGGAAGGGGAAGGGCAGAGACAGAGGUGUCGAGGGGCUGCUGAUGAAGCUCGAGUACAAUGCCACCUGCAAGGGCGUCUGGUUUCCUGGUGUUGCGACUCUCGUCGGCAUGGACGUGGGUCUGGAAGCAGGUGAUUGCGACGUCUCCUGGGCUCUCGGGACAGAUCCCAAAUGGACCGUCACCGGAGGCCCUGGAUUUACAGGAUUCGCUGUAGGAGGUCCUACGCAAACCCCGUCGCCACCACCGUCCAUGGUGAGACCACCGAUAUACGUAUUGCCGUCUUCGCCCGAUGGAGGUGCUCUGCAUGGUACAUCGUCUCCACCAUCACGACAGAAUUCUGCCGCGUCAACGACGUCCACAAGUUCAGCAUCACUUCUUCGCGCGCCGUUGCCAAAUCAGAACACCGGAGACUACUCGUUUGAGAGCUCACCAGUCUCAACGCCGACGGGUACGAUAUCGUCUCUCCCAUCGGUCGGCCUACCCUCGAGCCCGGAGCGGCAGCGCAGGAGCCGUGCGUCCUCCGUGAACGGCCCUUAUACCGACACGGACACCGAUUUCGAGCCAGAUGUGCGCCCACCAGACGCGCCCAUCACCGUGCAUGUGAACAUGAAUGAGCUCCUUCCUCCGUCGAAAGCUCCGUUCACCUUUAGGAUCUCAGGUACGGUGUUGGUGACCCCCCGACAUCCGCUGAUAACUCCUGAAAGGCGCAAAUCUCCGCCAAACAAAUCCAAGCAUCCUUCCAGUGACGAUGUUGUCGUUGGUCCUACGGUUGUACCCAUGUUCCAUCUCUUCUAUAAGGAUAGAGAAAAAACAUCUACUAUUGUCCGGAACGGAGCGGAUGGAGCGGAUCUGGAGGUGCUCGCUGCGGCUGGGGACUUGCGAGACGGGAAAACGCUGAAGAUGACUCUGAAAGAAGGCGAUCAUGUCGCUUGCGGUGCCGACGGUGCUCACGUAGCGUUACGAACUUUCCCACUGAGCGCAUCCCCAGUUCCUUCCGGCAGCCGCGAGCUUAGCAUGGAGAGCGAGGAUACACCUCAAACUCGCACCCGGAAGCCAAACGGGACGCGAUCUUAUCUCGCUGCGUCUUCCACACGGUAUGCGUCCAUGAUGUCCAGCACUAAACCACGAAGGGAUGGGCCCUUGAUGAUACCCUCCGUUACUGCGACUGUUACCCCGCUGCUAAGCGAAGGCACGGCCUUCCACAACGGCUACGCUGUGCAAAUUUCUCUCCCUGCUCCUUCUGAUACCGACUCGGAGUGGCUGGAGUUUGGGCUGGCACGACCCACCGCGGAUCCGUCCUCUUCCUCCAAUUCUGACGCGACGACCUCAAACGGCUUCAGCCCUCCGCGCGUUGACAUUGCGAGCGCAAGCGUGGAAGGAGUUCCCGUGCGUUUCCAGACGAGCGCCGUUUCGAAGCCGAAUGGCAGCCUGGGUCUCAGCUUGGCAUUUGAGGAGACGAGUGCGAAGGAGUGGAUCACCUGGGUCGGCGUGCAUGUGGGUCAAGCUGGAGGCGGCAAGGUUGAGGUGAUUUACCUUGUGAAGGGCCUGAAGGAGCAGAUCGCGCAGGGCGAUAAGAGCCAACCGACGAAGGGGAAGCAGAAGGCAGAUAAUGCGAUCCCGUUUGACAUACUGUUACCGAGUUUCGCUCUUCCUGUCGGACGCUUGGAGGUGAAUGUACAAGUACAAGCAGGCUAUGAAGUGUCUGCUAUGCGUACCAACCUGAUUCAUCAACAGUCAAACUCGCCAGCCCUGAGACUGCUGCAAUUCUCCCUAGACGAGUUCUACUACCCUCGGCUAUACAUGGCUAUUGCUCCUCAGCAAACUUCGCGCAAACUCUCUAUGCCCAGUCCUACCUUCCGGAGGCUGGGUAUAUUGCUGGCCUGUUUGCUGCCUAUCGCGCUGAUUUCCUAUCUCCUGAUGGAUCUUCGCCUCAAGACUGCCGAGUUGCAUGAGAUGCGGGCAUCUCUUACCAACCGUUCUCCCGAGUUCACUGCUGAUUACCCCCACAACGAACCAGAGACGAUCACCGUCACUACAACCAUCUUGACAGAAAAGUGGUGGUUCUCCGCAAGUACAGGGACUCUGCCGUUAGACUCACCCACCCCACCGUUUUCGACAUCACAAGCCCGAACGCAAUCCCCGUCGCAAUAUCCAUCACAACUCUCUACUGACACACUUAUGCCGACCAUGACCGGGAUUCCUGUUCUAACCCCGUCUACAUCGGCUUCGUCUGUCUCUCAUGGAGAGUCACACAGCCUGCUCUCCUUGUCCGAUGAGUCCUUCGCUUGGACUUUACGGUUCGAGCUUCCAGUGCUGAAGCUGCCUGAAGUACCGGAAACUGCCCGCGCCACUAUGGACGCUCUCAUAAACGGAUUAGGGGCCGUAUGGCAUAUAUUCCGAAAAGUACUGCACUAUCCUUUGGACCCUCCGUGA